AUGCCGGACAUAGAAAAAAAUGAGCUUUUGCGUCGUCGAAGAGAAGAUAGGGCUGCCAAAAAAAAAGAAAAACGUCCUCUCUCGCGUAUUCACAAGGUUCCGCUUGGCUAUGUGGAAACAGGUGUUUCUUUCCCUGAGGCACUCACUGUCCCGACCGAUUGUAGCAAGCAGCCUGUUAUGCAUGGCCAGAUGCUAAAAAGUGGGAGUUUUAAAGACGGCCAUGAUAGCAUCAGUGUUAUUGCUGAAGCGUUACAGUACAUGUCAUCUCGUGAGUCUGCUUUCUUUAGUCUUCAUAGCCAUUCUGCUUCCUCUUCUAAGGAAAUGCAUCCUGCACCAGCAAGGGGUGUACUAGGAGGUGUCAACCUAGAACAUCCACUCACUGAUACGGCUAAUCUUAGGAGCUGUCGACCUAUAUCCCUUCAAGGAAAACGAAAAAGCUUAGCCUCCUGUUCUUUUACGGCUACGCCUGAUCUUCAUCUUUUUAACAAAAAAAAUAAGAGCUCUGCCUUUGUAUCAGGGAUAGAUGAACUAACAAACUUUCUGGAAGCUCCUUACUGUGACAAAGAGAUCCUGCCUAUGAACAAUCUUUUUGAAAAUGUGAUUCAAUAUUGUCCUAUAACUGAUUUUCCCAUGAAUUCUAAAAAAGUAUAUUCUCCUCUUCAUGAGUGCCCAAGUCUUGGAACAAAAACUGCUUGCUCUGAACCUUUUUUGCUGCCUGACCAAACAAGCAGCUUUCCUCUUCUAUUUGAUAAAUCCAUACGUCCAUUUUCCACUGAGAAACAAGUUUUACCUGAUAAUGGACUUUUUGAAAAUGUUGUUAAGUUCUCUCCUUUGUCUAAUCCUUAUAUGGACUUUGGAAAAAACCAGCCUGUCUUGAAUGAUAUCCAUAGAGAACUAUAUCUGCAAAGAGAAACAUCUGUCUCUCAAAAACAAUCUUCUGCAUCAGCAGCAACUUCUCAAGUUGCAGAAAUUUCUUCUGUUCAAGAUAGAGAGUCUAACAAGUCUGCCAAAAAAAAACGUGUUCAAGGGAAAAAGGAUCACCGUCGUAGUUCUUCUGCUCUCCGAUCUAGAAAGCAGCCUUCUGGUCAAGCUCGUAAUUCUCAUGAACAUGUCAGGAAGCAGGCUCCGGCGAGGCCUCGCAGAGGUCGCCAACAGGGCCUUUUUCAGCUUGAUGAGAUCCCUCAUGAAACCAUUACCCUUCCGGAUGUUCCUAACUGUCACCACUGUGGAGCUAAGAGGUUCUAUUUAGAACCUCCUAGCUUUUGUUGCUCUGGCGGAGAGAUCUCUUUAGUUAUUCCAGCAAUGCCUUAUGAUCUUAAGCGCUUGUUUAUCGGAAAUGAUGAAGAAAGCGCUCACUUUAGGAAUAAUGUUCGAACCUAUAAUAAUAACUUGGGCUUUACAUCCUUUGCUGCGAGGUAUGACCCAGAAUUGACCAAGAAUACGAAAGGUGUUUAUACCUUUUGUAUUCAAGGCCAAGUCUAUCACUUCCUCAAUGGUUUGACGCAGCCAGCCGACAAAUCAUCAGGAAUUCAGUUCUACUUCUUUGACACUGAUGAAGAAUUAGCAAAGAGAACUGGAGCUUGUGAAAAGUUGCGCGAAAGCACUUUAAAAUUCCUUAUGCGCAUCCUUUUGAAUAAUCCUUACACCAAAUUCUUUAAAAGCCUCAGGGAUAUACCAAACCUUGACAACUAUAAAAUCAUCCUUAACUGUUACCCUGGUUUAGACCAACGUGUCUAUAACCUGCCAUCCGCCUCACAAGUUGCUGCCAUAUGGACUGAAGAUGAAAAUGAAACAGUAGACAGGAGUGCUCAUAUUCAGGUCUAUACUCACUCACAUACCAGUCAUAGGAUUAAUCAUUACUAUGGCUGUUAUGACCCUCUACAAUAUCCUAUUCUUUUUCCUCGAGGUGAAUGUGGAUGGCACCAUGGUAUUAAAAGACUAUAUAAGAGGAAAAGAAAUGGGGACUCCUGUGAGGAUGAUUCUAACGUUGAUCCUUCUUCUGUUAAUGACCCUUCGCACUUAAUGGACUUGGAGCGCAGAGCUGUCGAUCGAGCGAAGAACGAGGGAGACACGGUAUCAGCUAGAGAGUAUUAUUGCUACAGAUUUCAGAUAAGGGAUGAUGAUGAAUCGAUGCUAUUGCACUGCCUUAGGCUUCUACAGCAAUUUUCUGUUGAUUCUUAUGUGAAGAUAGAAACUUCGAGGUUGGACUUCCAUAGGCAUCGACAAAAUGUGAUAAGAUCGGAGAUUCUCCAAGGAGUCUUGGACAGUGUUUCUAUAGGCCAGUCUGAAGGGUCUAAAGUCGGUCGUAGGAUAGUUCUUCCAUUCUCUUUUAUCGGCGGCCCGAGAGACAUGAGGCGCCGGUAUCUUGAUGCAAUGGCGCUCGUUCAGAAAUAUGGUAAACCUGAUAUUUUCCUUACCAUGACCUGCAAUCCAGCAUGGAAAGAAAUUCAGGACAAUCUAAAGUAUCAUGAGAAGCCGCAAGAUAGACCGGAUCUUCUAGCCAGAGUUUUUAGAGCUAAAUUUGAGAUGCUCAAGUCUGAAAUUUUGAAUAAGCAGAUUUUUGGUGAGGUCGCAGCAUGUGUCUAUGUUAUUGAGUUUCAAAAGCGUGGCUUUCCCCAUGCUCAUUUACUCUUGAUCUUAAAAUCUCAGUCCAAGCUGCUUAAUCCUGAAUCUUAUGAUAAAGUUGUCUGUGCGGAGUUACCUGAUCGUACUCGUUACCCUCACCUAUACAAUCUUGUUGUCAAGCAUAUGGUCCACGGCCCUUGCGGGGAUAUGGAUAAAACUUGCCCUUGUAUGAGAGACGGUUCAUGCAAAAGUCAUUAUCCCAGAGAUUUUUGUUCACAAACAACUCAUGCUGAAGAUGGUUACCCACAUUAUAGAAGAAGGGAUGAUGGUAGAAAAAUAAAGGUCCGACGGUUUACUCUCGAUAAUAGGUGGGUUGUGCCUUACAACCCGUACCUCCUUGCUUUGUUUGAUUGCCACAUAAACGUCGAGAUCUGUUCGACUAUAAAGCUGGUGAAGUACUUGUACAAGUAUGUGUUUAAAGGUCAUGAUCUGGUUUCUUUUAAGGUUGUAACUGAUGCCGGUCCUCCUGAUAUCGAUGAAAUUAAUGAGUUUCAAAAGGGUAGAUAUAUUUUGCCUCCCGAGGCUUUUUGGCGCAUCUAUGAAUUUCGUUUAAAUGAGAUGACUCCUUCUGUUUAUAUACUCCAAGUUCACCUUCCAAAUCAGCAGUUUGUUUCCUUUGAUAAAAACUCAGAUCUCUUGCUAUUAUUAGCCAAGGCUAACUUUUCAAAAACCAUGUUAACUGAGUUUUUCAAAAUGAAUGCAACAAAUGCAGUGGCUGAAAAUCUUAAAUGUUUCUAUAGGGAUUUCCCUCAGCAUUUCGUUUGGACUGCUAAGUAUAGACACUGGACAGAAAGGAAACGUCGGAAAGUGAUAGGUAGACUUGUUAGUGUUAGUCCAACAGAGGGAGAACGAUAUUAUCUACGCCUUCUCUUAACUCAUGUUCCUGGACCGACAUCAUUCGAUGAUCUAUUAACUGUAAACAACAAAAAAAUGAGUUCGUUCAGAGAUGCUGCCUUUGCACUUGGUCUGUUACAAUCUGAUUCGUAUAUAGAAGAAACGCUUGAAGAGGCUGUUGCGUUUCAGAUGCCGUCUUCGCUCAGGCUCUUAUUUGCCACUCUUCUGGUAUAUUGUUCUCCAACUAAUCCCAAAAUGUUAUGGGAGAAGUUUGAACCAGAUUUCUCUAGAGAUUAUGAAAGACAUCAGCAAUAUCAUCCCUGCUCUCCUGAUGAAAUUAGGAGACUUGUUCUGGCUGAUAUUAAUAGAUUGCUUGGCCAGAUGGGUAAAAAUAUUAGUGACUAUCAAUUGGUGCCGCAUAAUCUCAUGAGUUCAUAUAGCACGUCCCUGACGAAGGAAAUUGAGUACGAGAGAAACAUCAGCGUACCGUCAGAGGAUAUGUUACUGUCUUCCAGAUUAAAUUCUGAACAGAAAUAUGCUUAUGAUUUAAUCUUGCAAGCAUGUUUCUCUUCGCAUGGCCAUCCUUUUUUUAUUGAUGGCCCGGGGGGUACCGGUAAAACUUUUUUGUACCGGUCGCUCCUCGCUACUUUGAGAUCACAAGGUCAUAUCGCCAUUGCAGUGGCGACAUCUGGAAUUGCAGCAUCUAUCCUACCUGGAGGAAGAACUGCACAUUCAAGAUUUAAAAUACCUCUUGACUUUUCAAAGAGCAAGACUUGCCAGCUUAGCAAGCAAGGUAGCGUUGCGAAGUUACUCUCUGAUUCCAAAUUGAUCUUGUGGGAUGAGGCUUCAAUGGCCAGACGAGAAACUAUUGAAGCAUUUGAUGAUUUGCUGAGAGAUAUUAUGGAAUGUAACCUGCCUUUUGGGGGCAAAGUUGUCAUUUUUGGUGGGGAUUUCCGACAAACACUGCCUGUAAUUGAGUAA